AGGGAGGGUUUCCUAGCUGCAGCCAGACCAAGCGUGGUUGAUCCGCUGCUGCAGCAGCGUCCCUGAGGUUUUGCUUCGCUCUGGGGCGCUGUUGGGCCCCCUGUAUGCCGCCAGUUCCUGCUUCUCCUCGCUCGGUGUUUCUGUGUAAAGCGGCGGCUACGGCAGCUGCCGCCAUGUUCUGGCUUUGACAGACAACUUUACCACUGCCGCAGUCACAGCAGGAGGAGGAGCGAGGCGGGGAAGGAGGCCGUCGGCCAGCUCGUCUCGAGAAGGAAGGUGCUGACAGGCAGCGCAACAGGUUGCAGAUGGCUAAGAGCUAGCAAGGAAUAUUCAGGACCAUGAUGUCUCAAAUUCCUACAGCCAUGAAUGGAGGCCCUAACAUGUGGGCCAUCACCUCUGAAGAAAGAACAAAGCAUGACAAGCAGUUUGAUAGCCUUAAGCCAGUUGGAGGUUAUGUUACAGGUGAUCAAGCUCGUACCUUUUUUUUACAGUCGGGUCUGCCAUCUCCAGUCUUGGCUGAAAUAUGGGCUCUUUCAGACCUGAACAAGGAUGGAAAAAUGGAUCAGCAAGAGUUUUCCAUAGCUAUGAAACUAAUCAAGCUAAAACUACAAGGCCAACACUUGCCUGCGGUUCUUCCUCCAAUUAUGAAGCAGGCUCCAGUAUUCUCUCCAUUAAUUUCUGCUCGCUUUGGCAUGGGCAGCAUGCCUAAUCUGUCUAUUCCAGCAUCUGUCCCCACAAUUACACCUUUUGCUCCCAUGACCUCUUUUACUUCUGUCACAUCCAUCCCACCGUUGGUUAUUUCUGCUCCCCUGAUGCCUUCAGUCAGCACAUCAUCCUUGCCAAAUGGAACAUCCAGUCUUCUUCAGCCAUUGCCUGUAUCCUACUCUUCAACUUUGCCUCACUCUAAUUCAUACAAUCCCAUGAUAGGCGGGUUUGGUAGCACCAAUAUCCAGAAGACACAAUCUCUGAUUGAUUUAGGAUCUAGUAGUUCAAAUUCUUCUUCUACGGCUUCGCUAACUGGGAAUUCACCAAAGACUGGAUUUUCAGAUUGGGCAGUUCCUCAGGCUUCUAGAUUAAAAUACAGGCAGAAAUUUAAUAGCCUUGAUAAAGGGAUGAGUGGAUACCUGUCAGGAUUUCAGGCAAAAAACGUCCUCCUACAAUCAAACCUUUCUCAGACCCAGUUAGCCACUAUUUGGUCACUAGCUGAUGUUGAUGGUAAUGGACAGCUGAAGGCAGAGGAGUUCAUCUUAGCUAUGCAUUUAACUGAUAUGGCCAAAGCUGGGCAACCUCUUCCAUUAGCUUUGCCUCCUGAGUUAGUGCCGCCUUCUUUAAGAAGUGGAAAGUAUGUUGAAAAUGCUAAUGGUGUUGUGCCAACAUACCAUAAAAUGCAAGAAGAGGAGCCCCCACAAAAACUUCCAGUUACAUUUGAAGAUAAGAGGAAAGCAAACUAUGAGAGGGGCAAUCUGGAACUGGAAAAAAGACGUCAAAUGCUGUUGGAGCAGCAACAGAGAGAGGCAGAACGUAAGGCUCAGAAAGAGAGAGAAGAAAAGGAGCGAAGAGAGAGGGAGCAACAGGAACAAGAGCGGAAGAAACAACUUGAACUGGAACGGCAUCUGGAAAAACAACGGGAGAUGGAGAAACAACGGGAGGAAGAAAGGAGGAAAGAAAUAGAAAGACGGGAGGCAGCAAAGCAAGAACUUGAGCGCCAACGGCGCCUAGAAUGGGAGAGGAUCAAGCGUCAAGAUCUUCUUAAUCAGCGUAACAGAGAACAAGAAGAAAUUGUCAAACUGGCCUCUAAAAAGAAGAGUCUUAAUCUUGAACUAGAUGCACUGAAUGACAAGCAGCAGCAGAUUUCUGGGAGAUUACAAGAUGUUCAAAACAGAAAACAAAUUCAGAAAAAUGAGCUGGAUGUUCUGGACAAGAAGUGUGAUUUGGGAAUUAUGGAAAUCAAGCAGUUACAGCAACAGCUUCAGGAAUAUCAAAAUAAGUUGAUACUCCUUGUUCCUGAAAAACAGCAGUUAAGUGAGAGAAUAAAUCACGUACAGCUGGACAACCAUACUAAUACAGACCUUAAUUCACUGUACAAGAAGUCCUCAGAAAAGGAAGAAUUAUGCCAAAGACUUAGGGAACAAUUAGAUGCACUAGAAAAAGAAACUGCUUCCAAGCUUUGUGAAAUGGAUGCUUUUAAUAAUCAGCUGAAGUAUGAGACUGUGGAUCAUUCUGUUCUUCAGUGCCUUUUGUGUCUGCUAAGCUGUCUCAACAACCUCUUCCUCUUACUUAAGGAGUUAAGAGAAACAUACCAUACACAACAGUUAGCCCUAGAGCAGCUCCACAAGAUCAAACAAGAUAAAAUAAGAGAACUAGAAAGAAAAGGAGCUGAGCUGGCACAGAAGAAGAGACUUGAGGAUGAGGCUGCACGAAAAGCAAAACGGGAAAAGGAGAACUUGUGGCAGGAAAAUAUCCGGAGGGAAGAAGAAGAGAAAAGAAAGCGACAACAGGAAGAGAGGAUGCAGGAAAAAAUAAAUGAGGAAAAGCAAAAGGCUGAGGAAGUAGUUGCCCAAGAGAGGUCAGCCAAACAGCAGAAAAUGGCAGAAGAGAAACUUGAAGAGGAAAAAAGGAUCAAACAAGCAGAGAUUCUAAGAGAUGUUGAACAUCAACGGUUGAAGCAAAAGGAUGAAGACAAAAAAAGGCAAGAGCAAAUUGCAAAAGAAGCUGAGGAAAGGCGUAAACAGUUCAGCGAAGAGAAAAGGAGAAAAGAUACAUCCAAUCUGCAAGAGUCAGAGAAAAAAACUUCUCAAUUAAACUUUAAUGAGAAAUUUGCAGACAUCCUUAAACAGACAGAGGGUCGAAAUCUUAAGGCCGCUGUGAAAUGUGAAGGCCAUACUGUUAGUGCCUCUGAUUCUAGGAAAUCGGUUGACUGUGUGAAUUACAGAGCUUUAUACUCAUUUGAAGCAAGGAAUCAUGAUGAGAUGAGUUUCAGUUCUGGAGAUAUAAUUCAGGUUUUUGAGAAAACUGAGGGAGAACCUGGUUGGUUAUAUGGAAGUUUCCAAGGGCAUCUUGGCUGGUUUCCUUGCAAUUAUGUAGAAAAAAUAUCUGAAAAUGAAAAAGCUUUAUCACCUCCUAAGAAAGCCUUACUUCCCCCCACAGUAUCUUUACCAGUUGCCUCAGCUAUUGUAGAACCAGUUUCACCAAGUAAACCAGCAGAAGAAUCAGAUUACCAAAAUGUGUCUCUCUCAAGUCUAAAUGUUAACACGUGGCAGAAAAAAUCUGCUUUUACUCGUACUGUAUCACCAGGAUCUGUUUCUCCCAUCCAUGGACAGGGGCAAGUUGUAGAGAACCUAAAAGCACAAGCAUUGUGUUCCUGGACUGCAAAAAAAGAUAACCACUUGAACUUCUCAAAAAAUGACAUAAUUACUGUGCUGGAGCAGCAGGAAAAUUGGUGGUUUGGAGAAGUAGGUGGAGGAAGAGGAUGGUUUCCCAAAUCCUAUGUAAAGAUCUUGCCAGGGAAUGAAUACCAAAGAGAAGAACCAGAAGCUGUUUAUGCAGCUAUAAACAAGAAGCUCACAGCACCAUUAUAUAGACCAGGAGAGGAGUAUAUAGCGCUGUAUCCUUAUACAAGUUCUGAACCUGGUGAUUUAACUUUCGCUGAAGGUGAAGAAAUACUAGUUACUCAGAAAGAUGGGGAAUGGUGGACUGGAAGCAUUGGUGACAGAACUGGAAUCUUCCCUUCAAAUUAUGUCCAACUAAAGGAUCUUGACGGUUCUGCUACUGCUAGCAAAACAGGAACAGUAAAUAAAAAACCUGAAAUUGCUCAAGUUACCACAGUUUAUACUGCAUCGGGAGCAGAACAGCUCAGUCUGGCCCCAGGGCAGCUUAUACUUAUCCUGAAGAAAAAUUCUAGUGGAUGGUGGCAGGGAGAAUUACAGGCAAGAGGGAAAAAAAGACAGAAAGGAUGGUUCCCUGCUACCCACGUGAAACUUUUGGGUCCAAGUAGUGAAAGGACAACUCCAGCUGCUCUUCCAGUGUGUCAAGUGAUAGCGAUGUAUGACUACAUCGCAAACAAUGAAGAUGAGCUCAGUUUCUCUAAGGGACAGCUUAUUAAUGUAUUGAACAAAGAAGAUGCGGAUUGGUGGCAAGGGGAAAUAAAUGGCACAUCAGGCCUCUUUCCUUCAAAUUACGUGAAGAUGACCACAGACUCCGAUCCAAGUCAGCAGUGAUCCAGUGUUGUCUUCCAGUGUGAAAGCACCUCAGAGACCCACUAUCCAACUUUGACUAUAGCAUGGACAGCCUGCUCAGAUCUCUCUGAAACAAUUCAUUUGCUUCACUUUAGUAUAAAACAAAUUUGGUUCUAUGCUGUACAGUUAAAAUUAAUUUGUACACACUGAUUAGAUAGUGGGUCUUUGUGUGGCUUUCGGCAUUGUCCAAUCUGGUUUCCUCUACUCCCUUUAUUUAGGAGCAAUCAUGAAUUACUAGCAUGGUUGUCGAGUUAUCUCUUGGCAUGGUGCAACUUUAGGCACACAAAGACCUACUAUUUUUCCUGUUCCACAAGGGUAGUUGUGUUCUUAUGAUGUUUCACCAUUUGCCUCCUUUGCUGAUUUAUUCUUUGCUGAUACAUGCUCAUAAUAUACUUCACACAUGAUUCUGUCCACAGUGCUAUUUUUUUUUAACCAAGAGCAGAAGUUUAAAAAAAAAGCCUUGUAUGGUUUUAAGCACUCUAUCCUUCUGCUCUGUCUGCUGGGUUUUAGAUCUUAGAACUGUUUUGUCUGACACAAAUACAAUCCAGCCAAUACAGUGGCUUUUUCAAAAGGGUGAACAUUGAGAAAAGCAAGAGGUUUGGCCCUCUCAAAUAUCACAGAAUCAUAUUGUGUGUUAAAGCACAGAGUAAUGAUGGAGCAGAUCCAGGCUGGAAAUUUUUGGGGUGAGGGCAGGUGUCUACUUUUUGCAGUCCCAUUUCAGAAUCUACUUUAUAGAGCCAAAAAGAAUCUAAAAGUUCUGUAGGCCCCAGCAUUUUCCUGAUAUCAUCAUCGGGGACAUGGUGGGGCAUAGAGGUCUCGGGUUCAGCAGGCCUUUCUGGUCAGCUCUGUCCCAUCAGAUGACUCUCUGGGAUUGACAGGGCAGCAGAGAGAGUCCCAUCAGCUACAGGACAAGUAUGGCAAGCUCAGAGGUUUCUAGGCCCUGUUGCACUCCCCAUAUCUUUAUGAGGAUGAUUGGACUUACAGGCCUCCCUGCAGCCUGUACCUCUCCUGGCCUUAAAUGUGAUCCUUCCCACUCCACUCCACUUUCUGGAAACAAGGGACAUUGGAAACAGUCCCAUCCAGGAUGGGAGGAAUACAGGGCGCAGGGAAGCCUUAGAUGCUCCCGUGUAUGUGCUUGCCUGUCCAAAGUGAUUGUGCAUCUGAAACUCCACUGGAGGAGUGGUGGGGAAAGAGAGGGUUAAGCAUUCCUUCUUCGUGUUGCUCCCUCCCAACAUGGAUUUUCCUGGGCAAAAGGGCCAUUGGGGUUCAGUCAUAUACAUGUGCAUGUAAUGUAAACUUAGAUCUUAGAAAAUGCACAACUAUCUUCUUUUCACAUUAUUUAGCUACACUUAAACAUACAGAAAUACCUCUAACUAUAGUGUCUUUUAUUACUCUUGCAGCCAUGUCUCACAUUUUCCUCGACUCUUGGAUAUUUUCUAGUCAAUGCCGCUGUCAGCAUAGAAUUUUUCCUCCUUUUGUCCUGCAAAGAUGUACCAUAACUUAAGGACAUAAGAAGAACCCUGCUGGAUUAGACUAAAGGCCUAGCUAGUCCAGCAUCCUGUUUCUUAUAGUGGUAAACCAGAUGCCUUUUGAGAAGCCUACAAGCAGGAGAUGAAGGCCUAUCCCUCUCUUGCCAUUGCUCCUCUGGAGCUGGUAUCCAGAGAAAUAGACUCAACCUAUAGCCUUAUGUCUAGUAGCCACUGAUAGACCUUUCCUCCAUGAAUUUGUCUAACCUUCUUUUAAAGCCAUCCAAAUUGGUGGCCAUCACCACAUCCAGUGGCAACAAAUUCCAGAGACUAAUUAUGCAUUGUGUGAAGAACUCCUUUUGUCCAUCCUAAAUCUUUCUGAUCUUGCAAAGCCCUUCUGGGGCACAGAGAAUGCUCUGAACUCUAAGGGCUCUUGUGCAACGCCAUGCAUGAGUGGGACUGGAGGAGUUGUGUAAGAGCUCCCUCGAAGCAGGCACACUCAUCAUUGGUCAGGGUAUCAGCCAGUUUUCCAGAUGUGGAAACACCAUUAAUUUGUAUACAGCAUUAGAAUAGUAACUUAUUUCUAUCUCUUUCCUCAUGAUCCCUAGCAUGGAAUUUGACUUUUUUAUAGUCACCACACACUGGAUUGAUGUUUUCAUUCAGCUGUGCUUCACAACCCCAAGAUCUCUUACCUGGUUAGUUAUCAAUAGCUCAUAUUCCAUCAAUGUAUAUGUGAUUCUCCGCCCCCAUUUUGCAUCCGUUUUCACUUAUUUACAUUGAACCGCACUUGCCAUUCUGUUGGCUAGUCACCAAGUUUGGAGAGAUCCUUUUAGAGCUUCUCACAAUCCAUGUUGAUUUUCACGAUCCUGAAUAGUUUGGUGUCACUUGCAACCUUGGCCACCUCACUGCUUGCUCUAAACUCUAUUAAUGAGUUAAAAACUACUGCUCUCAGUACAGAUUCUUGGGGAAACAACUUCUUAACUUUCCUCCGUUAUGAGCAUUGUCCAUUUGUUUCUACUCUCUGCAUCCUGCUGUUCAGACAAUUACCAGUCCACAGAAGGGCCUAUCCUCUUAUCCCAAGAUUGCUAAAUUCACUCAAGAGCCAUUGGUGCCUUUUAAAAAAGCUUUUUGAAAGUCCAGAUAAACAGUGCCAACCGGAUCACCUCUGUUCACAUGCCUGUUGAUAUGUAUAGUAUGCCACCAGCUGACCUAAGAGGUUAGUGAGGCAGGAUUUACUUUUGCAGAAUCCAUGCUGAUUCCCCUUUAGCAAGGCUUAUACUAUAUGCUUAAUAAUUUUAUAUUUAGUUAUGUUCUCUUCCAUUGUAUUCAGAACAGAUGUUAAACUAAGCAACCUGUAAUUUCUUGUAUUGCCCCACAUACUUUUUUAUAAAUCAAUGUUACAUUAGCUACCUUAUAAUAAUCCUGCACAGAAGCUGAUCUUAGGGACAAAUUACAUAUUUUUGUUAGCAGAUCAGGACAUUGUAGUUCAUUAUGAACGCGCAUAUUGGAUACUAUUCAGACCUGGUGAUUUAUUCAUUUUUAAUCUGUUGAUAUGCCCCAGAACAUUUUGUCACCUUCAGUUGUUCAGACUCCCUCCUUGAGAAGAUCAGUUCAGACAUGGGUAUCUAUCCUUUGUGUCCUGUAGUGAAGACAGAUACAAAGAUCUAAUUCAGCCUCUCUGCAAUCUGCAUAUCCUCCUUAGGAAAAGGAAAGCUUGUGCCAUCAAGUCGGUGUCAGCACUUGGUGACCACAGAGCCAUGUGGUUUUCUUGGUAAAAUACAGGAGGGGUUUACCAUUGCCUUCUCCAAAGUAAAGUAAAGUGUGCUGUCGAGCUGGAAUCGACUCCAGGCGACUAUGAUUGUCUUGUCCCUGUCCUUGUCUUUGUCCCUGUGAUUGUCUUUGGUAGAAUACAGAAGGGGUUUGCCAUUGCCAUCUCCUGUGCAGUAUAGGAUGGUUUAUUCAGGGCUGGCCCAAGGGUUUUUGGUGCCCUAGGCGAAGUAUGACUUUGGUUGUCCCUUUUCUCCCCACCACCACCACAUUCCCUACAGAGAACAAUGAGACGCCUAAAACCAACUUUUACAUGUAUUUAUAUUGUUCAAAAUGAACAAUAUAGAAAUAAAAUGACAUUUUAUUGAUUUUUUUUAUAUUUUCAUAAAUCCCAACACAAUUAGACUAUCUAGAGUAAACCACCCAGUAGUGGAUACUUCCAGAAAUUAUCCACUAAAAAAUACAUGUAAUUUUUAAUAACUCCCCUCAUUAGCCUAGCUUUCAUCCUUUUGGUCUAGAUGUACCUUUCCUGCUUUGUGGUGUUUGUUCUAACUGUGCUCCUAUUAUUGUGGUUUUACAUAACUUCCACACUUUCUGGAGAUAAUUGACUCCCAAGUUUCCCUCUCAGCUUCCUCUUUACUAGUCCCCUCAUGUUCGAGAAGUUUCCUCCUUUAAAGUCAAUUGUGUCUGUGUUGGAUUUUCUUGGCAAUUUUCCACUUACAUAUAUGUUGAAUUUUAAAGAACUUUGGUCACUGUUCACUAUCUAUCUGUUAUUGCAAUUCACAUUAGAUCCUAGGCAUCACUUAGAAUUAAACCCAGUUUAAUUCAGUUACCUUCCCUCUGGUCAGUUCCAUAACCACUACAAUCUGGUCAGUUCCAUGACCACUACAAUUUAGGAUAUCUAGAAAUUCAGUAUCUUUGUCAUGACUUGAAAUAUGAAUUUACCCAGUCUAUGUGAGGGUAAAUGAAGUCAUUCAUUAUUACAAUAAUUGCUCCCUUGGGUACUUCCCUGAUUCCUUUCUCCAGCUCAAGAUCAUCUUCAGCAUUUUGAUCAGGAGAGUCAUAGUAUGUCCCUGGUAAUAAGUUACUUUUUAGGCUUAGUAUUACCACACAGUGGUGCUCUUGGGACCAGACUUCUGGGCUGAGGUCCAGUCCCCAGCAGGCCUGGGGGCCUCCAAAUGCUAAGCGGUCUGCUAAUUUAAGUGGAAGGAUUGUCCAUGUAUAAUGUGGUAUCUCUCUGCAAGUCAGUGGGAAGUAUCUUACUCAGAAUCUUUUCUAAAAAUACAAAGAGAGAGACAGUUUCCAGCUUUCUCUAAGCACGUUCUGGUGUUACCCCCCACACACCCCCAGAAAUGGAUUGCAGCUUCUCUGGCGGGGGGGAACACCCCCCCCCCCAAUGCCAUUAGGUCUAGGCUCCAAAAUUACCUAGGUUCGCCUCUGUUACCACAUAUAGUGAUUCUAAGGAGACCAGUCCCUCCUUGGUUUUCUGGUUUGUUGAAUUCUAUACUCUUUGAUUGGAGUAAAGGUCCAUUUUGGCCAUCCAAUCAGGCCUUGAUCUUUCUUUAAUAUCAGUUUUGUCAGUGGCCUUAUCCUUUCCUCCAAAUUUACUAUGCAGUCCUAAGAGAUAGCCCCAAUUUUGGGGAAAGCUAAGCAGAAGGAUCACUUCAAGGCAACAUUAAGCUAUAGUGUGCCAGGGGAAUAUGGGGCAGUUUAGUGUGAUUCUUGCUGCUACUGAAGAUGCAAAUCUUUCGUGAUUAAAAUAAAUAUUUAACACACUUUGCAUAAUACUACUGCUAUAAGUUAAGAGCUUAAUUGGGGUGGGGACGAAGCUUGUAUUUUUAAAUGAAGAUCAUUUAAAGAAUGACAAUUAAUUUGGUAAAACAGUUCUAUGAUCUAUGACAGAUAACAUCUAAAACCAGUUUUUAGAAUCUGAGAGUGCAAGCAACAAUUAUGGUGUACAGAGUCUGAAAUGUUUACUGUAAUUUAAAUGUGUAUGCAAAAAUUACAAUUUCAUUCAUUCAGAAGCCUUUUGGAACAUUUUGUCUAAAAGAGUAUUAAUGUUAAAUACUCUUAUGGUCAAACUAUAUGUUACUUUAAAUGUGUUGUUUGAGCCUGCAUUUCCCCCAACACACUUCUUUUUCCAUAAAUAGCAUGAGUGUGAGAUCAGAACCACUAUGGGGCGGUGUUGGGCUUUAACUCUUUGCCCCCACCACAGCCCCACAUCUGCUAUUUCCUUUGAGAGGUGAGGGAGAAACUUAAAUUGGUGCAAAUGGCAAAGUGUUAAAGCCCUACUAUCUAUCCAUCCCUGCCAUGGUUCCACUCUGGUUCGCAAGCCCCACAUCUACUAUUUGAAAAAAGGGAAAGGGAAAAUGCAAGGUCAAAUGAUGUAUUUAAAGUAAUGACUGGUUUGAUCCUUACUGUACAAUCCUAUGUUUGUUUACUCAGACGUAAAUCCUGUUGCAUUCAGUGGCGCUUUCUCCCAGGUCAGUGUGCAUAGGAUUGCAGCCUCAAUAGGCUUUUAUCAAUGGAUACCUGCCCAUUAUUGUGGAAAGGGGUCUUUUGUGCAAUACAGAAUAAUCAUGUGCCUACAUCAAAUUAUGAAUGAAUUUUUAUCCUUUUUGUGUUUUGCUGUGAUCGUUUUUCACAGAAUGAAGUGAUCAUUAUUGGAAGCAGCAAAUGUACAAAUGGCUUGCUGUUCCGCUGACAGCAUUUUCUUUCUGCUGAUAGUAAACUUUUUAGCUAAUGGUGUGAUGCUACAUAAUAAAAAUAAUACAGUAUUGUGAGCUCUUUGCACAAAUUGUCAGUGUGAUUUAGCAAUUUCUAAAAGUCAUCUCUGACAUGUUAAUAUCUGGGAAUAUCAUGUUCCGAUCUCAAAUGAGAAUGUAGUUCCAGACGCCAUUCCUCUAACUUUGCACAGCUUUUCGCGCACCAAGCCAAACUACUGCCUGCCAGCCAUUUAGUGGCCUGACAUAUAUCUCACCACCUCUCUGUUGAUGUUGCCCCAGACAGGAAGCAGGAACAAGAGGUUUAUUGACCCCACCAUGGCUGAUGGGCUGCAUUUGAUUUGGUGGGCUACAAGUAAUGAAUUGAAUAUAGGCCUGAGUAUAACAACAAGGGUUACAAGGGUUUAAACAAAAUCUGAUUAACUCCCCAGUAGCCAGUGGUUUUGUUGUGGUUUUUUACGUUGACAUGACACACACUUUGUAGAUUUCCAUCAUGAUACUUUUCUUCAAUAAUUACAUAAGCAUAGUGUUGUAUAUAGCUUGAUAGAAGUACAAGAAAACUUUCUGAAUUGCCUCAUUCCAGUAAAUAUAUGCCCUGUAUAGCAUAACACACAGAGGGUAUGCAGAUGUGUCCUGCCCCAUGCCCACUGAACACGUCUAGGUGGAGCAGGAUCACACUUGCUGACCUGGCCCCAUGAGUUCACCAUUAAUGCUAAAGGGGCUCUUGGCAUGUACAGCUUUACCACUAAUGCUAAACGUGUAGACAUCAGGAGUGGGAGCACCUGGUACAUUGAUGUUGGGAGUAGCCCUUUUCCUCAUUCCACACAUUCAGUGUAUGCAUGGGAGGGAACAUCAGUGUACAUACUAAACCAACGAUAACUAUCAGUAUGAGUAAGCUUAGUUUUAGGUGCCAUAAAUUACAGCUUGUAAACUAGGCUGUUACUUUGAAACCACACUCAUAAACAUGUUUUAACUUAGGUUGGAACCCAAAACAGAUACCAGUUUGAAAGCGGUACAAGUAAGAACAAAUAUACACUCUUACUGUGCUUUUUCUUCUAGGACACUGCAGUAUUAUUUUAGCAUAGUAUUGAUCUUGAAUGAAAACAGCAAAGGAAUUAUCCCCAAUUGCAGUUUUCUUUUCUUUGUUUUUAAUGUUACACAGGUCAAGUCAGGUGCUUCAGAUAAUUGUUUAGUCAAUCAAAAAAGAAUGCAAAAAACCUUUUAGAUGUUGUUUCAGUUAUUAUUGAGAAGCCAUACUUGCUGCAUAUCAAGGCAAGAUUAAAGAAUCCUUCUAUGCUAAUUGAGAUGUUCAGUUGAGGCACUAUGUAAGGCACAAUCCAGAGAAUCAUAUCCACAGGAAAAUCCACAUAUCCAGUGGGACAUCUGGCCUUUCCCCCCCACCCACUCACCUAAGUUCCCCGAGUAAUUUGUAAUGUGACAUGGCUGCCUACAGUUAAAAGAAAAAGGCACACAUUUUAAUGGGUGUGCCCUGGCUUUGGGGCAUGUAUAUGUUGUUUUUAAAUGUAAAUUGCUUUGCUCCUUGAAAGUUUUGGUGGUUAAGACUCAUUUCAUGUAAUCAUAAACAGAAGUACAACUUAUCACUGAGGCAAGGCAACAUAAAAUUCGUAUUGCCCCCAUUCCAGAAACAGGGUUGAGGUAAUUAUGAAUGGAAUAUGGUAGCUAUAGGAUGUCACAAGAAUGGCAGGGAAAUUAAGGCUGUGCAGUUCUCUAGACUAAGCCUAGAUAACACUGGGCAGCAUUCAGACUAAAUUAGUCAUGACUAGGCACCAUUGAAAUCAAUGAGAUAAGUUAAUCAUGAUUAACAAGUCCCAUUAAUUUCAGUGGGACUUAGUCAUGACUAACGUCAUCUGGAUGUUGCCCACCCAUUCUGAACAAUUUAACAAUCUGCAUCUGGUACAGGAUUCUGAAGACCUAUGGAAAAGUCAAUGUAUAAAGCACUUUGAAGGGCAUAAAAAAAGCUUUAAAAAUGCAAGUGAUUAUUUUUGUUUACAAAAUUCUAGAAUUCUUGAUUUAGGAAAAUUAUAGAAGUCUCAAUUUAGAGGGGGGAAACCUAAAAAUGAAUAAAUCACACAAUCAAAUUGUGAUUUGCUAAUUGCCUAUAAAUAUAAGUAUUUGCCAAACUAUAUUGUGUUGGCUUGUAUUGCGUUUGGAAUCGAUCCAACCAUGCACUGUUCUCAGUGAGUUUGUUACAUGUAUGCUGACAGACCUCUGCUGGUAGUGGUGUUUUUGGCUGCUACAGCAUAAUGCUGCUCUACUGUAAUUAACUAUAUUGAACUCUUUCAUACAUAGUUAUAUGUGCUGCCUUAAUUUUAUUUUUCUUUGGGGGCUUUCUAGUAUUUAAGUUUUGGGAUAAUAAUCAGUGUUUCAUCAUGCAAACACAGCAUAUGCUGCGCAUGAGAUAAUUGUUCUUGAUUUUUGAAAACUGGAAAUAACUAUGCAAAAAAUAUUUUAUUAAAGGGACACAAAACAA